CACUCGACAGCUGCAAAGACGUCAGGCUCGUACACAAGGCUCGCCUUCAACUCGGCCCAGAACGCAUACGACGGCCGUGUCUGCUUUUCGCCCGUUUUUACACACCACAUCGCACCAAAUGCGCAGCUCGCCGGCUUGAGCACAACGCGCGCCGCACCUUUUCAUGUCCGCUGCGCUAGACUGUUGCUCUCUAGCCGGCCAGGCCGGGCCACGGGAGAAACGAGAAAGCCCGUCCUUGCUCAGCGUGUGCUUCAACGUUUUGAAUCUCGUCUAGCGAGUCGGAUUUUCGCCGAGAAAUGCCAUGAGAAAACACAGCUGAGCGCGCGCCGCGGUAGUGCAUUCAUUCAGCGGCGCCCGGGUGGAGUCUACAACGCUCUCAUAUCUGCUUUUAAGACCAGCCCCCCGGCCGCGGGGAGGAAGGUUCCUGUGUUACACAGUAACGUACAGCGUACGAUUCGUGUAUUCUACGUAGUUCCAAGAGAGAUGGCAGAAGUCGCACCCGCUCCCGCUGCCGCGCCGGCCAAAGCGCCCAAGAAGAAAGCAGCUUCGAGAGCAAAAAAAUCUGGCCCUAGCGUCGGCGAUCUGAUCGUCAAAGCCAUUUCCUCGUCUAAAGAGAAGAGCGGCGUGUCUCUCGCUGCUGUGAAGAAAGCGCUGGCUGCCGGCGGAUACGAUGUGGAGAAAAACAACUCCCGCGUCAAGCUCGCCGUUAAGGGUCUCGUGACUAAAGGCACUCUGGUGCAGAUCAAAGGAACCGGCGCGUCUGGCUCGUUCAAGCUGAACAAGAAGCAGACCGAAGCCAAGAAGCCCGUGAAGAAAGCCGCGCCCAAAGCGAAAAGGCCGGCCGCCAAAAAGCCCGCCGCGGCUAAGAAGCCCAAGAAGGUAGCAGCCAAGAAACCCGCCGCCGCGGCCAAGAAGGCGAAGAAGCCCGCUGCCGUCGCCGCAAAGAAAGCCACCAAGAGCCCGAAGAAGGCGAAAAAGCCCGCGACCCCUAAAAAGGCAGCCAAGAGCCCCAAGAAAGCGAAAGCUGUGAAGCCCAAGACCACAAAGCCUAAAGCGGCAAAGGCGAAGAAGGCAGCAGCCAAAAAGAAGAGGAUUCCAUUGUCAAGUGUGAGGACCAAUUAUGCACUGGGAAUUGUGACCCUUUUUCCAUACCGCCAAGAUCCUUUCUCCAAACAUGGAUAGGAACACUACUAUGAUACUGAGGGUAAUACCGACCUCAUUGCAUGGAGGAUCAAGACAGUUCAACGUAACACCUGUGCUGGA